GAUCGAGAUACCAAUCUAUUGCAAGAUGAAACCGUUUGCCUGUAUUCUUGUUAUCCUCGUGGCGCUUCUGGCCGGCAGUCAGGCUUCGCUUGAGGGUCUCCUUGGCGGCGGCGGCGGUGGCGGCGGAGGUGGUGGCGGCGGCAUUGUUCAGCUGCUGCAAAGCAAACUGGGCGGACUCGGUGGAGGACUUGGCGGUGGUAACGGCGGUGGCUAUGCUGGUGGCAGCGCUGGUGGCUACUCCGGCGGCUACUCUGGUGGACACUCUGGCGGCUACUCCGGCGGCUACUCUGGCGGCCAUUCCGGCGGCUACUCCGGCGGCUACUCUGGCGGCCAGUCCGGCGGCUAUUCCGGCGGCUACUCUGGCGGCCACUCUGCGCCCGCUAAGGUUAUCAUCGUCGAAGUGGUCAACCAGGGCCAGGGAGGUGGACAUGGUGGUUACUCCUCGGGCGGUUAUGGUGGUGGUCAUGGCGGCUACUCCUCGGGCGGCUAUGGUGGAGGUGGUUACUCCUCCGGUGGUUCCGGCUGGAACAAGGGCUGGUAAGCCAGCGCUUAGCCCAACAAUAGCCUUAGACUCAAGUUUAAACAGGGAGCCAAAAAGCCAGAAAUCGCAAUAUUCUUCAGUUAUUUCUAAGUUAAAUUUUUUUUUUUAAUAAAAAUU